UAUUUUCAAUGUUUGAAACCGAAGAAUUCACCCACGUGUGUCGGAGCAGAAAGAUGAAAAUUUAGGGAAGAUGGCCGAAGUUGAAUGAAAUGACAACUGCGUCAGAUGAGAUUUCACGACCUGGAAAGCUGUGACUGAAAGCAGGGAUUUACAGAGUGAAACAUGUCACAAAAACCAAAGCGUAAAGCGGCCAUGAUGACUGCGGAGGUUGUCCCAGGAUCCUCCACUCAAGUUGCGAAGGAAGUCGCAAAGUCAGAGCUACUAGCCCCGCAGGAGAAAAAGCCAAAAGUCUCCGAAAAAGGUGACUCGGCCUCCACAAAGGAAGAGACGGAAGAAGAGAUGCAAAGGUACUUGGACGACACGUUCGAAGGCAGGCGUGCGUUUGUGACGGAGGAAAUGCCAACCAUUUUAAUUCUCCGAGAACAUUUCCCACAGCUGUUUAAAGGGAGACAAAUGUUGGCAGAGUUCCAGAGAAUCACGGGGCUGGACAUCGAUCACCUGAUACAAGAGUACUGCGUGAAGUACGCGUCCACUGUAAUCAGCCUGGGGCGACAGACUCCGGGCUCUGGGGGUCUACUCAAACAGGCCGAGUCGGUCAGACAACAGAAUCUCGCCCUGAAGCAGUACUGGGACAUGGUGACCGCUCUGUGCCUGAUUCCCCUGCUACUGAAGGAGAACCUGGUGGAGAUGGUGAGGGAAGUCGGGCCGGAGGAAGAGGUGGACCCCCGGGGGAAAAUUGUCCCCAUCCUCAUCUCCAAGGGCUCGAUAUUCAAGAGUGACGAGUUUGUGCUGAUCAUCGAGGAAGAAGUGGUGCAAGAGUUUGAGGAGUUUACGAUCGCGCUGGGUACGCUGUUUUCGGCAUACUGGGUGUUUAACAUGCAGUACCCCCGGACUUUGAACCACACGUAUAAUUUCAUACAGAAGGCCAUUUUACACCUGAGGGAUGGCACACCGUUUCCUCCGCUUUGUAAACAGUUGGUGCAGAAGAUACAAAAGGCUUGUUCCCAGGGGAAAUCAGCCACGUAGCUGGGGGAAAUCAGCCACGUAGCCGGGGGAAAUCAGCCACGUAGCCGGGGGAAAUCAGUCAAGUGCUGGGGGAAAUCGGCCAUAUAAUGAGGGAAAGUUUGCUAUGUACAUGUAGCUAGCAUGGAGUUGAUUAGACAACUAUAUACACUGUACAUUAAUUGAUAAAAGUCCCAAAUGAAACUGAAGGGUGCAUAAUUGAAAUUAAACCUUCACUGUGUAUGCCAUCCAAUAUGUGUCAGUAUUUUUUACCGUUAGAUAGUGCAUUUUAUUAUAAAAGCUGUACUUGUUUAGAAAUUAAUGUUUUUGUAAUUUUAUGUUACGUUUUAAGCAACUUAAAUGUACACGUUUCAUUGUGUGUUUUACAUGUAACAAAAACCCAUAAAUAUGGAGGUGCUUUAACAUUUUUUUAGUUGCUUGCAGUAUUAGAAACAUUCCGUUGUGAGAGUUAUAUCUCAUACACCAUUAAGUGCAAUAUUGAGACAUUGAAUACAAAUUGUGAAGUGUAAUCAUCCCCGGCCCAAUGAUCACGAAGAAGUCCAGACAGGUUAGCGCUCUGUCUUGAGUCGUUCAAAAACUGCAAAAGACAUAAACUUAAGAUUGUUCCUCUAUUGUAUCCCCUCAUGUUGCUUAAGAAAUGUUGUGAUCCUUUGAGGCAGUUAGAUUAUGUUUGUUUUAGUUCAAUGUAUUAGCACCAUAAAUCACGUCUUCCUGUUAUAGAAACUUACUCAGCUCUGCAUGUUCAGAAAAUUUAGAAACGUUUAAAAGGCAAAUAAAAAAAUAAUAAUAAUAGGAAAUGGAUUGGUUAUCAAGCCCCAACACAAAAAUCAAAAAAUAAAAUACCUGCCUGUCGCAUUAUAAUUUGAAAAUUUUGGCCUGAGAAAAAAAAUCAUAUUUUUUUUACAUCAGCAAUAGAUAUUUGCUUAUGAUGAUAUCUUGUGGGUAGGUAAUAAGAAAUGUGCCAUAGCAGACAUGCCAAAAUAUGUAAACUUUCAAAAUUCCAAGGUUGUAAACUAGCUUAGUCUCUCAACUCAUCCUAACAUGUUCCCAAGCUGAGCAAAAGCAAAGCUUUAUAUGCCUCAACAUGCUGUGUGACAAUAGACAAUCUAACCAUUUAAUGCAUUAAAUUCCGUGGAGUGGAUUUCUGGCCAAAACAAUAGUCUUUAUUUUUGCAUGCUGAAAAUUUUCUUGAUGUAGACAUGAUUUUUGUUUUAUUGUGAAAGCAGAAGUUCAGCAUCUCCGUAAUUAAACAGAAUUUUCAGACUUUUAUCUGAUUCUUACUCUAAUGAAAAUACAAAAACUGUGAAUAAUAUUUUCUCAACACAUAACUGUACCUUUAAACUUCUGUAAGAAAUAUUGUUUUAAUUUAAUGAUGGGAAAAACUACAUGUAAAUUUCAAAAUAGAAAUGGAGUUAUUCCCCUUACAAGAUAUUGAAACUGAAUCAAGCUAUUAAAUUUUGUUAACAAGUGCAUGUCUAAAUUUUAUCACAUUUAGAUUUACAAUAUCCUAGCACUAUGUUCUGGACACAGGAUAGAGGGAGGUCUCGCAUGUAAAUAUACUGUAAUUAUGCAUAUUAUGUGUAUAUACCAUGUAUACAGCGCCUGUAUAUGUAGUACUGUUCUGUGUGUCCGGUUUUUGUUUUAAUUGUUUAAGGCAAUAUGAGCUGUAUUUUUUAGAAUUUUAUUUUGCAGCAAAAACCUGCUAGUAUGAUAAGUCUGCAUAUAAAUUAAACUUUAUGAUAGAUAAAAUUUGAAAAAAUCAUUAAUUUUUGUCAAAGGAAAUAUUUCUCUUCUAAGGAAUAUAUAGCAAAUCAAAUUUUGUACAGGACGACAAUUAUUCAAUUUUGCUCCAUAUAAGGCUUCUUAACGGCCUUUUCCACAAAAUUAUGGCUAACAGAAAUUUAAAAACCAUGAUUUUUUUUUUAUUAUUUUAGUAGAAAAGAACAUUUUAGUAAAAAAAAAAAUUCAACGUGAAAAAAUUCAGCUCAUAUUGCUUUUACAUUUUGUUUUUACGGUAGGUGAAAAGAUGUUCAUCGAUGUACUUUUUGUUUUUAUAUUAUCCUUACAUUUUUUUUCAAUUUUUUUUAGGUGGGGGAGUAGUGUUUCAAAUUUUUUUGAAAUUAUACAAAAAUAAUUACGGAUAUAUCAUGUUGUUUAUUUCAGUGUUAAAUAGAUUACAAUGCAAUGUGUAUUGUCAUGGCUAUAUCCCCUCCACCUUUAUUAUCUGUAGAAAUGACAUUUGUAUACUUGUAUACAUACAGGUAAUUAUUAUUACCUGGUGUAUGCUAUGGUGGCCAGCAUUGUCACCAAACCGCCCCCACCCCCCACUCAAAUAAAGUUUGAAUCUGAAUGGUUGUAUGUCUCCCUCCUGAAUUUUGUGGCAUUUUCCAGGGUUUUUUAAAAAAUACAUGUACAUGUGUAACAAGGUUUCUUAAGUCACAGACUAGAGACUAAAAGUGCUCUGUAUAAAAGAACUUAAAAAAACUUCUACAGUGUGUAUAUUGUUGAAGAAUACUUAGCAAUGUCAUUUGGUGCAGAAUAUUGAUGCAAUUAGUACUGAAUUUAUAUUUUGUGUUUAUUUCUCCAAUCAGCUUCCAAUGGUCAUUGACACCCACCCCCUAUUUUAUUUUAAAUGAUAAUCUUAUUUUCAAAAAUUAUUUUGUUCACUGCCAAAAACAUAUAGCUAGUUCAUAAUUACAGUAAUUGUUAAUCUGAUCAAAUCCAAAGACGUCCCCUCCCGGGAACCUGUGGGUCAGAGAAGGAGAAGUCUCUGUCCUGCCAUUGGUCAGAUUCCUGGGCUAAUCAGGGGGUGUUACUUGUGCCAUCACCAUUAUGUAUAAAACAGUGUAUAUUGUUCGUGGUUUUUUCCCUUGAUUUCUCUCUUUCCUUUUUUUUUAAUGUUAAAGUUUUUAAAUUUGAUUAAUUUUUUCUGUGAAUCUCUAAUUAAAAAAUAUUAAAAUUCCGUGGAACUUUUUAUAAGGAGGAUGACUGUUACUAACAACAUUAACAUUAAUGCCAUCAAUGCAGUUAGAUUUAAUCAACGUCUGUAAAAUUAAUGAUUUUUUUUCCCAUUUCCUACAUUUUUAUAGCUGUCCAGGGAAGUUCCAAAAAUAUUAAAGCAUCAAAACAACG